CCCAAACUCUUGGAAGUCCCUGUGUAGCAUCACUACCAUCAUCUCCUCACCUUCAGAAGCAUAUCCAUACGCCAGCAUGAUGGGACACAAAUACGUCAAGAGCGCAUGUCUCAACUGCAGGAGACGGAAAGUUAAGUGCGAUGGCAAUGAUGCUUGUUCCAACUGCAUAAACUCCAAGCUGGACUGCUCCUACAAUGCUGAUGGCGACAUGCGAAGACAAUCAGCCAAAAAGGCAAUUGUCAAUCUUGAAGCGCGAAUCGCUCAGCUUGAGGGUGUUCUUCGAGAGCACAACAUUGACCGGCCUCAGUCAAACCCCGACACGCCGAAUAGAUCAGCACCCUUCUCCAAAGCUCAAUCGACCGUCUCGGAAACGCAGUCAUUGACUGAUACAGACCGGAACCAAGACGAUGAAGAAGAGUCUGAUCAAGAGCCUUCCCCUUCACAGCCCGAAACGCAACCUAACCCAGUUCCGAGUAUACAAAACCCAGAAGAUAACUUCGUCAUGAUCGGAACGCCAAGCUUUCAAAGUCCACAAUCCACGAACCCUCCACCAAGCGGUAUCCACGAGUCUGAAGACGGAGACAACAGCAUAACCGAUAUCCUCUCAGCACGAAUGGGCGCGCUGAGACUCGUCGAAGAUGGACAGUUGCGGUACUACGGGCCAACGUCGAAUUUACACAUGUAUGCGGAUGGACUUCAGUCAUUAUCAAGCCCAUCAUUUCGCUCCGUGACCACUGAAGGCAUAGAAGUUCUUCGACGGUUGGGCCUGGAACAAGAAGUUCCUUUAGCACUCGAGGCUCAUCUUGCAGGGCUCUACUUUGCUUGGGAAGACCCAGCGAUCCACGUGGUUGAUGAAGAUAUCUUCUUUGCUGAGAAGAAGCGUUGCCUCCUUCAGGAGACGACCAGUCCCUACUACUCAGAAACUCUCAACAAUGCCAUCUGCGCUAUUGGGGCCAGUCUAGCGAGCGGCGAACAACUCAACGUCCCUGAACCUGCCGCGGAAUUCUUCUCUUCUCGAGCGAAGGCACUUUUGGAUGUUGAAAUGGAUAGUCCUACCGUGGCCACAGUCCAAGCUCUUGUCAUCAUGAGUGCUACAGAAGCUGCCUUUACCCGAGACGCUCGUGGCUGGCUUUAUAGCGGAAUGGCAACUCGAUUGAGCGCCGAUCUGGGACUUCACUUGGAUAUCAGCAGCCAUAUAAACAAUGGGCUCCUUACGGAGCGCGACAUGAAGAUUCGGCAAACAGCUUUCUGGGGAGUGUUUAUCCACGAACAUAUGUGGAAUCUCUAUGCUGGCCGUCCGUGGGGAUUAGGGGUCCAAAACAUCACAAUUCCAAUGCCAGAACCGGAAACGAAUGACAGCGAUUGCAGAAUAUGGAAAUCCUAUCCUUCAUCUGUCUGGCAGCCUCAGGAGCCCAAGAACAAUAUCCCCUUCCCUACCAAUGCCUGUACAUCGGCCAACAUUGCACUUUGCGAUUACAUGCGACAGAUCAACACUACACUAUACGCUGGUCAAAUGAUUGACCUGAGCGCUUUGGUUCAAUUCCUCAUCAGAAUCAAGCAGGAGAUGAUCUCUUGGCAUAAAACCUUGAUUUCAUCUCUUGAAGUAGACAGAACAAGCUCCGGCAAAAUAUAUCAUCCUGCUAUCCUUCAACUUCAUAUGCAAUAUUAUGCGACCCUCAUCUUUCUUUAUCGGCCGUAUUUGUCAUGCCAACUAGUCUCUCAGAUACCAACACUGGAUACCCAAGAAAGCCAAACAGCGAUGCAGAAUGUUGCAAGCGAUUGCGUCGAAGCAGCCCAUCAAGUCACCGAGCUACUCCGAUGUUACCAACAGCAACACUCAUUUCGACGAGCAAACGUACAGAUCGUCCACAUCAUCCUCACUGCGUCUCUGAUCUUCAUCCACGAUGUCUGCACGCGUAGUUAUAGAGAGUCCCGCCACUCUCUGAACGACCUGCAGCUUUGCUGUUACUCACUAGGCGAGAUUGGCCGGUGCUUUGGUAAUGCAACAAGAGCUCUGGAAGUCGUCAUCCUCGUCAAGAGUGAAUGGCAGAGAAUUGCCAUGUCUCGCCGAGGUCUAGGGGCUGGGACCAAGCGACCAAGUUUUAGCAUAUCCAAUAAUCCUGCCGAGCCAGAUGAAGAGAAUGAGGGAAACCGGCCCAGGCAAAGGCACCGGUUCUCAAGUACCGCGAGUGAUGUGUUCAAGACACCGAGUGUAGCGACAUACUCUCAGUCUACCACCAGCAGCUACCCGGUUAUGCCUCAGCAACGACCUUUGGAUCUCGACGGGAUGAACCUUGACGAAUUUAACCUGGACAAUCAAUACCAGGAUAUGUGGUCUUUUUCUGGAGGGCAUGAGUUCGACUUGCAUGAGACGGUGCCGCCAAUCGACUGGUUCAAUAGCCAACUGCUUGAAGGGUCUCAUAUACCGACGGCGAAUUUUCUAGGUCAAAUGGCAAGCAACCUGCAAGACCCUCAGAAUGAAUCAGUUAUAGGGCAUUCGAGUGCCGACAAUGCUUACCUCGGGCCAAAUUCCCUUUCACCGAGUUCCCGCAAUCUCAGAGCCUACAGCCACAAUGAAGAGAAUAGGAGUCCCUCGUCAAAAGAAUCUUCACCUGAACUGAGCGAAACUACGGAUGGCUACGCAUCUUUUCAGCUGUUGCAAGAUGCAGUGAGAUCUCCUGAACCGUUGCCUGGUUCAUUUUCUCGGCAACAAAUUGACUCUCAAGCAUCUUUCGCUAUAGACGAAUUUCACCCGCAACGUUUAGAAAGUGUCCAUACUUCUGAUCGUAGCUCAUUCCACCCAAAAGAAUCCUCAACGCAGUUUUUGGAUGCUCAUUCAUAUCCUGGAGACAAGAUGCCGGUUGCAAUCGACACGGCCGAAUUCGACGAUACUAGCAGUAUUAAUUAUGAAGCAACAUCAACUCACCUUGCAAGUACUGAAGACUGGGACACAGUUGACCAUAGAGACAGUAUAGUACAUGGUGUCGACAAUCUUGACUCCGAAGGCUGUUUCAGAAUUCCGGCGGAACCAGUCCUCAAGACGUUCUUACAGCAUUACUUUCUUUCUGUUCAUCCAUUUCUGCCAUUGACUGAUGAGGGUGACUUCUGGGAUCUUUAUAUGGGCUCUGACAAAAGAGAUCGCUGCAAUAGGCUACCUAACAUUCUCCUUCUUCAGGCCAUACUGUUUGCUGCCUGUCCGUUUGUUUCUGAAAAGGAUGUGAAGGCUUUGGGUUUCCAAAAUCUGCGUCAGGCCAAAACCUGCUUCUACAAGCGAGCAAAGGUCCAAGCAGACCGAGUUCUGAUGGCUCAGACCGCACUACUUUUAACUUAUUGGAGUUCUUCACUUGGCACCAACGAGAGGAAUGCGAACAGCAUUUGGCUCAGCCAUGCUAUCGGCCAUGCAAAGGCACUGAAAGCAGACAAGUGCGAAAAUGUCAACGCAUCCACCUUUGCUUCAUUUCAACAGCGAAAGCACGACAACACGCUCAGAAGAGUUUGGUGGUGUUGUAUCAUCCGAGAUAGGGUUCUGUCGCUCUGCGUCCGUCGAAAGAUACAAAUCUCUCGGGGCUAUCUUGAGAACCACACAGCAACGACAAUGUCUUAUGACGACCUGGCAAGUGAAACCGAGCGCUCACUUGUUUACGACGCAAGUACGAAGCACUAUCUCAUUAAACUCUUGCUCAUCAUGAUAGACUUAUGUCUUUGCCUUUCCGAUGUGUUGACGGUGGCACACGCAGCCAACCACCCGACGGCAUCUGAGCGUGAGUCAGCCAGAAAGACAUUGCAAGUAUAUGAGUGCAACAGAAAUCUAGAGAGUUGGCGCGUUAGGGCCACUGCAUCUUCAUCAGUGAUGUCCAAUGCUCAGCAUGGAAUUUAUGAAGACAGCAUUCCAGAGGGCUCUGUCCUGUUGUUUGCAAAUAUGAUCUGGAUCUACUAUCACUCGGCCCGAGUCACGCUCUGCAAUUUCGAACUGUUAUUAGGCAUCACGACCGAUUCCUCCACUUCAUAUUGGAAUACGAAACUCCAACGGGUGACAGUGGAAAGAGUGCGUACAAAUCUCUGGGACGCAGCCGCUCAAAUCACUCAGAAGCUUGAACAACUUCUUGACCUUGGACUGGCAAAUUGCCUACCAAGUAGCGCAGUUGCUUGUACGGCCCUGCCAUUGGCACUUCACAUACUAGACGUCAAGCUAUUGCCGAACUUGGCCCCCCACGGGUCAACGGAAGAACAAUCUAGGAGGCUCAGCAGGCAAAAUCGAUUAAACAUUCUCACUGCUGCAAUGAGGGUCUAUCAACCAAAAUAUGAAGGAGUUGAUUGGGUGACAAGAGCCAUCCGAUAUUUUAUGGAAUGCACUUGCUUAGAAUCAACACCAGCCUAUGGGGCCACUUGCUCCCUUUCGAUCAUUGAUACGACUUGUUACUUGACAGUUCCGGCUGAUACUCUAGUCGAGCCAACUAUACCAGGACAUGAGCUCAUGAACUUCCCUACCUUCUCAUUUCUCAUCCAGCAUGAAACUUCGGGAAACCAGUUCCUAUUCGAUCUGGGAUGUCGAAAAGACUUUUGGAACCUACCAGAGCCAAUCGCCAAGGUAAUCGAUCAGAGAGUUCCGGGUAUCAGAGUCGACAAAAGCCUCGCCGAUAUCCUACAAGGCGGUGGUAUUGAUCUUUCCAUGAUUGAGGCGGCUAUCAUCAGUCACCACCACUAUGAUCACUUGGGAGAUCCGUGCACGUUUCCAGAAAGCAUGGAUCUUAUCGUCGGGCCUGGGUUCUCCAAGCACUUUCUUCCAGGUUAUCCAGAGAAUCCCAACUCGCCUGCUCAUGAAUCAGCCUUUAAGAACCGACACGUCAAAGAAAUCAGUUUUAAGCAACCCCUCGAAGUCGCUGGAUACCAGGCCAUAGACUACCUUGGUGAUGGUAGUUUAUAUCUUCUAAACACACCUGGGCACGCGAUUGGUCAUCUCUCUGCUUUGGUCAGAACAACCAAUGGCACAUUUGUGUUUCUCGGAGGAGAUAUUUGUCACUUUGGUGGAGCUUUCAGACCAACUGAUAAAACCCCAAUGCCGACCCAAUUCACAAGAGAAGAAGUUGCCCUACCUCCUUCGGGGCCAGAGCAUGUAUCGUGCAUGCAAUAUCUCUCUUGUCACCCCAAUUCGGAAAGGGGAAGUUCAACGCCAUACUACAAACCUUGCAGUCAUGCUGACUCUUGGUACGUUGAUCCGCCUCAAGCACAGAAAAGUGUAAACACCCUCAUGUCCUUGGAUGCGAUCGAUGAGAUCUUGGUUCUCAUUGCCCACGACCCAUCUAUAGUCGGCGUUCUCCCACUAUUUCCAAAGGCAAGUAUCAAUGAUUGGUACCAAUCUGGGUGGAAAAAGCUGCUCAGGUGGAGGUUCCUGGAUCAGCUUCCUAUAUUGGGUCAACCGGCACCCUAUCUAGUAGACGGAACUUAUGUUGACGGAAAACGGGUCAAAACACUUGAUGGAACUAGGAUUUAG